UGGAGAUUCUUUUUGAGCAAAGUGAACAGCGAUUUUGCUUUCCGUCUGUACAAAAUCGUUGUGUCUGGUGGUCAGUCCCAGAACGUGUUCUUCUCUCCACUGAGUGUGUCCACAGCACUGGCUGCACUGUCUUUAGGAGCAGGUGGCGAGACUCAUCAACAGCUUUUCAGUGGCCUCGGCUUUAAUGGUUCUGUUUUUACGAGUCAGGGGAUGCAUCUAGCUUUCCAUGAUCUCAUGCAAAACCUCAAUCAGAGGUCAGGGGUUGACCUGGAUGUGGGCACUGCCCUCUAUAUCCAUGACACCUUUAAAACUUAUCCAGAAUUUCUGGAGAAUCUUAAACUUUUUUAUCUCUCUGAUGGCUCCUCUGUUGAUUUUACAAAGACAACUGAGACCAUAAAUCAGAUCAACACAUAUGUAAGUGAAAAAACACACGGCAAAAUCAGCAAAUUCAUUCAAAACCUAAGUCCAGGUACCAUCAUGUGUCUGCUCAGCUAUAUAUAUUUCAAAGGUAAAUGGUCCAUCCCAUUUAACCCCCGAAUGACUAGAGAAGACCAGUUCCAUGUGGAUAAAGAGACAACUGUUCCAGUUCAAAUGAUGUUUGUGGAUGAUUAUUUUUACAGCUACUAUGAUCAUCAACUGUCUGUCAGAGUCCUUCGUCUCAAUUAUAAGGAUUCAUUCUCCAUGAUUCUGGCUCUGCCUUAUACAAACAUUACUCAUUUAGAGGAGACUUUGCAUCCAUACCACCUAACCAAGUGGCAAAUAUUUAUGUCAGAAAGGAAGUACAAUGUCUUUCUCCCUAAACUGACCCUAAAAACUUCUUAUACCAUGAAAGCCCUUCUGGCUAAAAUGGGAUUUAAGGAUAUGUUCACAGAUGAAGCUAACUUCUCUGGGAUUUCUGAUGGAAAUCUAUCAGUUUCUGAGGUUAUACAUAAAGCCACUCUAGAUGUGGAUGAAGUUGGAACUGAAGCAACAGCAGUGACUGGGAUAUUUGGUUUAGGUUCUGCUCCACUUUUUCCUGAAACACUGCAGUUUAAUCGCCCAUUUAUGAUGUUUAUAGUCAACCAAAAAACAAACGAUGUCCUCUUCAUGGGGAAAAUUGUAAAUCCAGCUAUUUCCGAGGUCAACCAGUAAUAAACCUAUCUCUGCAGCAAGGUUUCUAAUCUAGUAUACAGUGUUAAAGUAAUAGAAGACGCGCUAUCUAAUUUUAAUGCAAUACAAAUUUAGUUGUGUAGCACUUUUAACAACGAAUUUUGUCACCAAGCAGCUUUACAGAAAUAAAAAUUCUGGAUUAAGCGUAUAAUUUUUAAGUUCUAUUAGUUAGUUCCUUCUAAUAGAAGGAACCUUCAAAGAACCAGGUUCAAAAGGAAACCAUCCACAUUUGGGUGAAACCAGCAUGAUUAUAAAGAAAUGUCCUCUGAAACUUUAUUCUUCUUCAGUCCUAAAACUAUUCAAGCAAUUGCAGUUACAAGCUGUUGUAGAAAAAAAAAAAACUAAAAAUAAUAAGUGGUAUUAUUUUAAAUGGGGAA